AUGAGUCGGUCACGUCGUGGACGCUACUGGCACAUGGGAAUCGUUUUCCUAAUAUACUCCUGCUAUCGGGCAUACUCGGCAUCCACCGGCAGUACCGGUUCCGACUUCGACGAGCGGGAACUAUCGACGGGUCUGCCGCCUAAUAUUUCACCGAAUCCUUUGUACUUCACAACACCUGAUGGUGGUGGUUCGGAGGAAGAGUCGACCACGGAACCGACAACCAAAGAGGAAAAAAUACAUCACGGUCAUCCAACAUGGCGGCCUCGUCGUGAAAACUGUACGCCACCGGCAAUUGAACAGUUCCCGCGACCGCUGAUGGGUCCGAACGUACGCCGACACGGUGGUCUGGUAAUCCACGUUCUGGUCGCAGUGUUCACCUUCCUGGGGCUGGCCAUCGUGUGCGAUGACUACUUUGUUUCCAGCUUAGAUAGAAUCUGUGAAGAAUUGAAACUCUCGCCUGACGUGGCCGGAGCUACCUUCAUGGCAGCCGGCAGUUCGGCGCCCGAGCUGGCGACUGUCGUAAUAGGUGUAUUCUUCGCAAAGGACGACAUCGGUAUCAGUGGUGUCAUCGGUUCAGCUGUUUUCAACAUAAUGUUUGUUAUUUCGGUCUGUGCUCUAUGCUCCGGAACCGUGUUACAGCUGAACUGGUGGCCUUUGGUGCGAGAUUGUACCUUCUAUUCGAUCUCUAUCCUUGUGAUGCUGAUAGUAAUUGUCAAUGAUGUCAUCUCUUGGGUGGAAGCGCUUAUCAUGCUGCUAUUCUACGUUGUCUAUUGCGUCGCACUACAUUUCAAUGCUGCACUAGAAAAAUGGGCUCACUCGUUGAAUCUUCCCAUUAAACUUCCAACGAAAGAGGAACAAUCGGCUCUGGUCACUUAUAAGAAUCUUCCAGACACAACAUACACCCAGGGUCAACCUGGUGUGGAUCAGCAGGCCCAGGUGCCACCAGAACCACAACAACAACAACAACAACAACAGCAACAGCAGCCAUCCGAACAAGGAUAUAUGGAUCCGAACGCCAGCUGGGAUCCAAACGCAGCCUGGGAUGGAUCCGGUGCUGCGGUUUCUGCUUCAAAUAAUACUAACACCUACUCUUCGAAUGCUUACGAUCCGAACGCUGCGUGGGGAAGUGGACAGCAAAACUAUGGAUAUGAGGAUCAGUACGGGCAGGAACAAUCAAAACCCCAACAGCAGGCACCUGUUGCUCCAGUGGCGCAAACUACUACCGUCACAACCGGUGCUAUCCAACCAACGGCUGACGAUUACUACAAACCAAAGGAACCUAGACAGCAAUCCGCGAAAAAUCCUCUAGAAAAACCUGUAGAUGGUGGUAUCUUUGCACAAAUUUCAUGGGCCAUCGUUUAUCCCAUCCACUACACUGCACGUCUCACCAUGCCCGAUUGUAAAACGGAAAAGUAUAAAAAUUGGUAUCCAUUCACCUUCCUGAUUUCCAUGAUCUGGAUCUCAUUCUACUCAUACUUCAUGGUGUGGAUGAUAACGAUUAUCGGCUCGACCCUCGGCAUCCCUGAUACCGUCAUGGGACUAACGUUCGUAGCAGCCGGAGUAUCCGUCCCGGACGCGCUUAGUUCCAUUGCGGUCAUCAAGGAAGGUUACGGCGACAUGGCCGUCUCCAAUGCCGUCGGUUCCAACGUCUUCGACAUUCUCAUCUGUCUCGGUUUGCCCUGGUUCAUACAGACGGCAAUCAUCAAACCGGGCUCCCAUGUUAAUGUCAUCAGCAAGGGCCUAAUCUACUCGACGCUGUCGUUAUUGUCCACCGUUGUUUUCCUUCUGUUUGCGACCCACCUGAAUGGCUGGAAGCUGGACAAGCGUCUCGGAAUCGUGCUGAUGAUAUGGUACCUGUUCUUCAUAACCGUCGCCUCGCUGUACGAGCUCAACUUCUUCGGUCAACUGAAUCCACCGGAAUGUCCGAGUAAGUACUGA